AGUGAAGUUAGAGCCAACAAUCUUCGAAGGAAAAAUUGAAGGUCCACCACGAGGUUACCCACCACAAAGGGAAGAAAUUGCACUUUCGGCAGAGGGAGAAAAAUUUUGAAUCCUCCUCGCCGAAUGAUAAUAAUUUCAAUCCUUUUAUCCUUAAAGGUAACCUUUGCAAGGGAAGGGAGUCUGAGAUUUAGCUGCACUUAUUAAUGAGGUUUUCUCAUCCUUUUCCAAAGGUAUUUUCUCGCCAUUCCCGGCAGCCCAGUUUUGUGAGAAUUCCUUGGCUUAUGCUCUGCCACUUUGUUUAUUUGAAGGUAACCUUUGCAAGGGAAGGGAGUCUGAGAUUUAGCUGCACUUAUUAAUGAGGUUUUCUCAUCCUUUUCCAAAGGUAUUUUCUCGCCAUUCCCGGCAGCCCAGUUUUGUGAGAAUUCCUUGGCUUAUGCUCUGCCACUUUGUUUAUUUGAAGGUUUGCAACAUAUUUUUGGCCGCAUCGAGCCUCCUGAGGAGGUAGAGGCUACCUGUGGGCUACCCUAACCAUUUACCUGCGCCAAGCAGAGGAUUCUCCAACUUUCUACGGGCAUAAAGCAUCUAGAAUGGCUACCAAGCAGUUGAGGGGUGGAAUUGUCGCAUCCGUGAAGAGGACUGAUGCCUACAUAAGUGCUCUGGGUGAAGCUGAUAUCCCAUUCAUGAGAAGGGACACUAUCAUUUCCCAAAGGGAUCUUGUAUUAUCCUUGAAAGCGCAGUUUAUCAGUAUUCAGGACCAGAUCAUCAGCUCGGCAACUGAUCAGAGAGUCAAGGAAUCCGAAGAGAUCACGAAGGACACCUUCGUGGCCGAUGUUGAUGAAUUGCUGAAUCGCAUUGGAGCAAUAUUGGCUCAUUUCCCUCCGGAAGCUCCUCAGCUACCCAAUACAGGGGAUUUCUGCACAAUCAUGAGGGAACUCAUGCACCAGAAUCGUGAGCAAAUGAAAGAGCUUUUCAAGUCUUUUUCCCCCACCCCAAAUGCUAAUAAAGUUUUCCCUGUGAAAUCAAGUAAUAAGCUCCCUGAGAUAAAAUUGCCUACAUUUAAUGGGGAUUUCGCAGAAUGGAUUUCGUUUAGGGACAAAUUUCGGUCUUCUAUCUCAAACCAUCCCAAUCUCUCCAACGCACAAAAGCUCGACUAUCUCAAUUCAGCCUUGUCUGGGGACGCAGCUUCUACAAUUAAAAACCUACCUGUCACAGAUGAUAAUUUUGAGGUAGCCUGGGAGAUGCUUGUCGAUCGGUUCGAGAAAAAGAAUAAGAUUCUUGCCGCACACAUACGCAAUUUCUUUAACAUGCCCUCUGUCUCUCCCAAUGACCUUAAAGCCAUAAAUAAAAUUUACAAUAUUCUCUCUGAGUCCACCUUAGCUUUGGAUGCCAUCAAAGUGACAAGUCGUGAUCCUUGGCUUAUCCAAUUUAUAUUGGACAAACUUGACUCAGAGUCUAGGGUCCUAUGGGGCAGAGAAUGUGGCGAUGAAGUCCCUACCUUGGACAAAUUUCGUAAAUUUCUGAACCAACGCUGCGAAGAUGCCUCCAAUGCCUCCACUCCACAAUUUAAAUCCACGUCAAAUAAUCGUCCUCAAUAUUCCAAGACCUCUCAGUCUUCCUCUAAGAAACAAGUGAAUGCCUUUCACAACUCAACCACAGCACAGGAGUGCAAGUGCUGUAACGAGGGUUCCCAUCCAAAAUAUAGAUGCUCUCGUUUCCUAGCCCAAUCACCAUCUGAGAGGUACGAAUAUGUAAAAAAGUUCAAUUUGUGCCGCAAUUGUCUGGCCUCUCACCACACCACUUCUUGCACCUUCCAUAACUGUAAGAAGUGCCAGGCGCGACACAAUGUUCUGCUCCAUGAGAGGUUUGUUGGCGAGGCUCCUGCCAAUCCUACGGCUCCUUCUCCUCGGCCGUCGAAUACUUCUCCUGCCAAUAAUUCUCGGCCUGUUUCUGAUACACCAACCAAUCCUACACCUGGACCUUCUUCGGUCAGUCUCUCUGCUACAACUCUGCCUGCCGAUCGCAUCCCUUCUGCCUGUCCAAAGGUCUUUCUUGCGACAGCACAGAUGGACAUCCUUACCGUUGAUCACCAGAGGAUUCCUUGUCGGGUCAUGUUAGACAGUGGAGCUCAAGUCUGUAUCAUGACCACAAGGCUUUAUCAGAAACUGAGACUUCCCAAAUCCCGUUCGGACAUCUCCAUCCUGGGCGUUGGUAGUCAGGCGAAUCCUGUGAAGCAUAAAGUCACUGCCACUAUCUUCUCUCAGAAGAAUGGCCAAUCUUUCACCUUUGACUGCUACGUCCUCCCGAAGAUUUCGGGCAAUAUUCCGAACUGGGCCAUUGACUCUAGUGUCAUCCAAUUACCUCCUGACGUCGAUCUUGCUGACCCACAAUGGAAUGUCCAACGCCCAGUCGACUUGUUGAUAUGCGGUGAUGCCUAUUGGGGAAGCCUAUUGUCGGAGAGGAUCAACCUUGGAGUGGGAUUGCCCCAUCUCCAGCAAACCAUCUUUGGAUAUGUGGUGGUUGGUGAGCACCGUCCUCCUCCUUCUGUUCACCAUGUCCUCCACGUUGAAGCUGUUCCCGCCUUAGAUGAAGCACUUCGCAGAUUCUGGGAAAUAGAGGAUCUGCCUGGUGAUCCAUCCGUUACUGAACAGCAAUUAGAAGCUGAAGCUCAUUUUGCGAGCACCUACAAGAGGAAUUCCGAAGGAAGAUUUGUGGUCAAACUUCCUUUCCGAGAAGGACCUGAACUUCUUGGACAUUCACGUCCUCAAGCAAUUUCUCAACUUCUUGCUCUCGAGCGGCAGUUUGAGAAGAAACCACAACUCAAGGCUCUCUAUUCGGACGUCAUGAAAGAUUAUAUGGAGAGAGGUUGGCUUGAGUUGGUCCCGCCUGAAGAAUUCAAGUCUCCGGCAUACUACAUGCCUCAUCACGGGGUCUUGAAGGAAUCCAGCACUACCACGAAACUUAGAGUGGUGUAUAACGCAAGUGCGAAAACUUCUUCGGGACAUAGCCUGAAUGAUCUCCUGCUGAUUGGGCCUUCCGUACAACCGGACAUAGCGAUCAUUCUCCUCCAGUUUCGCCUCGCUCCUUUUGCGAUGACGGCGGACAUCUCGAAGAUGUACUUACAAGUGUUGUUGGAUCCCUCCGAUUCUAAUUUCCAAAGGUUGGUCUACAGAGAUUCCCCUCAGGAGCCUCUCCGAGACUAUCGGAUCCCUCGGGUCUGUUUUGGUGUCGCAUCGUCACCAUUCCUAGCCACCCGAGCUCUCUUCCAAUUGGCUCAAGAUUACGAAAAGGAAUUUCCACUUGCCUCUUCUGCUCUGCGAUCGAAUUUCUACGUCGAUGACUGUGUUGUCUCCGCUCCAACACUCGCAGAUGCACAAGAAAUCCAAAGACAGCUUAAGGAAGUUCUUCGUCGUGGUGGCUUCUGGCUUACCAAGUGGUCCAGCAAUCACCCCAGUCUUUGUCCAUUACCGGAUCAGGAUCCUGCAUCCGGGGAGGUUUCUGUUGAGAGUCCAAUCACAAGUGCUCUUGGUCUGUCUUGGGACUCCUCAACCGAUCAGUUCAAAACCCAUGCUCCUGUGGAUGUGUCUUUGGGGCCAGUGAUCAUUGAGGGUAAAAUCAUGCUCCAGGAUCUGCAUGAGCUCAAGAAAGGUUGGGACGUGUUGGUGCCUCCAGAGUACCGUAAGAGAUGGAAGGACUUUGUUCUUCGUCUCCAAACUAUCAAAGAUGUCAGCAUUCCGCGCUGGAUUUCUUGCUUCCAGUCUCCAGAUCGUGUUGAACUUCACACUUUCUGCGAUGCCAGUACACGGGCCUAUGGAGUUGCUGUGUACAUUGUGACUGGCUCCGGAGAUGAAUCCUGUGCGAGAUUGUUGCUUGCCAAGUCCCGAGUAGCUCCAUUGAGCCAACUCACUAUACCGAAGUUAGAGUUGUGUGGUGCUACCUUAGCGGCUGAAACCAUUGCCAAGUUCACUGACGCUGUUGGACCAGAUGCAAUCCAUUUCUGGACUGACUCCACGAUUGUCCUGCACUGGAUCCACAGCCCUCCACAAUCCUACAAAGUAUUUGUAGCCCAUCGUGUUCAGCGUAUCCGGAAACAUUCUUCGCCUGAUCAGUGGCGCCACGUAGUGUCCGAAGAAAAUCCUGCAGACAUAAUUUCUCGUGGUGUCUCUCCUUCACAGCUCAUGGACAAUAGUUUAUGGUUUGAGGGCCCCGAAUGGAUUAGAUGUCCAGAGAGAUCAUGGCCACCACCCUUCAAUCCCACUGCCUGUCCUGAGGCCAAUUGUUUUCUGAUCAAGGCGAAGGAGUUUGUCUUUGGAGUUCUACUUGGAAUGUUCUCAUCUAUUCUCAAAGUCCAACGGAUCGUUGCAUACUGCCUGAGAUUUACUUAUAGAGGUCCUCGUCCGCUUCCUAAGACCAAUUUAGCCAUUACAGCUGACGAGAUGGAGAGAGCACUCCUUUUCCUCAUUAAGAUGGACCAACAAAGCUCUCUUCCGGAGGUUUGUGCUCAGCUGGAAAAGGGUGAAGCGCUCUCACGUGAGUGGAAGUCGCUUCAGAGUCUUGCUCUAUUCUUGGAUAGAGAUGGCAUUAUCAGAGUUGGUGGAAGACUCAAGAAUGCGGAUGAGCCCUUCUCGACCAGACACCCAGUAUUGCUCCCAAGGUCCCUACUCACUUAUAGAAUCGUGCGUCAUGAGCAUUCCAAACAGUUGCACGCUCCUCCUACACUCUUAUUGGCUUCCGUCCGCCAGAAGUUCUGGCCAAUAGCUGGUCGAAAUCUUGCCAAGAGAGUUGUGCACGAUUGCCUGAAGUGCUACCUGAAGAAGCCCAAACCCUUGGACCAAUUAAUGGGUGAUCUACCCGACCAUAGGGUAAAUUUGUAUCGGCCCUUCCAAGCAACUGGUGUAGACUUCGCCGGCCCGUUCAACAUGAUCUCUUCCGCGACCCGGGGAGCACGGUCCCGGAAAUCAGGAACCCAGAAAGUCUACAUUGCCAUCUUCGUUUGCAUGGCAACGAAGGCAGCACACCUCGAGUUAGUGUCUUCGCUUUCAACGGAAGCAUUUCUAGCCGCCUUCAGACGGUUCGCAGCCAGAAGAAGUACUCCUCGACGUAUCUAUUCUGACUGCGGGAAGAAUUUCGAGGGUGCUGCAAACGAGCUUAUCCGACUCUUCAAUCAGGAAGCUGCUCAACAGGAGAUUGUGAACCGCACUCAGGAUGAUGGUAUCACGUGGAAUUUCAACCCUCCUGCCUCUCCUCACCAUGGUGGUUUGUGGGAGGCCUGCGUGAAGAGCACCAAGUACCACUUGGUUCGUGCCACGACGUCUUCUGCUCUCUCCUAUGAAGAGUUCCACACUAUUCUAUGUCAAAUAGAAUCCGUCCUAAACAGUCGACCUCUGUGUCUGCUGUCCGAUGAUCCCAACGAGAGGGACUAUCUCACACCUGGCCAUUUCUUGGUGGGAGCCCCUGGAAAUGCUCCACCGGACCCGGACCUGUCACACAUUCCAGAAAAUCGUCUCUCAUACUGGCAACAUUGUCAAAGACGGAUGCAGGAGUUUGGGAGAAAAUGGAGACUUCACUACCUCAACACCCUCCAACAAAGACCGCGAUGGAAGAUCGCUCGAGAGAAUUUAAAGGUAGAUGAAGUGAUCUUGCUCCUGGAUGAGACGAAAGAGGGUUCGAAGUGGGUGCUCGGACGAGUGGAAACCAUCCAUCCUGGCACUGACGGCAGGGUGAGAGUGGUCUCAGUGAGGACUUCAAGAGGGAUGUACAAGCGCCCAAUAACGAAAAUCGCCAGACUUCCCCAAUCUACAGAAGAGUCUUCUGGACCGCACCAAGAGGCGCACGUCCAGACCGGGGAGGAUGUUGGGGUUUUAGUGUAG